AUGGUUGCCAAGACACUCUUUACGGUGAUUACGCUUGCUGGCUUGUCAGCAGCUCAGACAUACACGGAUUGUAAUCCUACAGAGAAAGAAUGCCCUGCAGCGCCUGCUUUAGGAAACAAGAAGAUAGACUGCGACUUGACCGCGGGCUUGUGCGACGGCUUUACCCAGCUCGACACUCUUACCAAUGUUACGUACAGUGAGAAGGGCGCAUUGUUCAGGAUCGACAACGAGGACCAGGCGCCCACUUUUGCAUCGGAUAAAUAUAUUUUCUUCGGUCACGUCGAAGUAGAAGUCCAAGCUGCCGCUGGCCAGGGUAUAGUCACGGCCAUCGUUCUUCUCUCCGCGGAUCUGGAUGAAAUUGAUUGGGAGUGGGUGGGUGGAACAGAUGGGGAAGUUCAGUCCAACUGUUUUGGAAGGGCAGGCGUCAAUACGACAUAUACUUGUGUCAGUGACCACGCCGUCUCUAAGCCUUACACCACGUACCACACCUACGGCUUCGAUUGGACUUCAUCAAAGCUCGACUGGCUCAUCGACGGCAAGGUUGUUCGAACUCUUGCCUUUGAAGAUGCCGUGGGAGGCACUCGUUUCCCCCAGACGCCUUCACAAGUAAAGAUCGGUACCUGGGUCGGGGGUAAAUCGAGCAAUUCCGACGGCCUCAUCUGGUGGGCUGGAGGCUUGACAGAUUUCAAUGAUGCCCCUUUUGAUGCCUACUUCAAAUCGGUCAAAGUCACUGACUACGCCGGGGGUAAUUCAGCUCCAGAAGAGAGCAUCCUGGAGUAUGCCUAUACCGACAUGAGCGGAACUUGGCAAGGGAUCGAGGUAGUCAAGGGGGAAGCGGUUAGCUCAUCGUCAUCCUCCUCGACUGUUCCAGCUACGACAGCAUCUGAGAAGUCUUCUUCUUCCACUACGAGUCUAACAGUUUCUACUACUUCUGCCACAUCAGAAAGCACUAGCUCGGUAGACAGUAGUCCCACCGAAUCCCCAGUUGGUUCUACUACCCAGACCACAGCCGUUUCUCAAUCCACCCCCUCUUCAAGCGUACCUGUGUCCGACACCGUAUCAUAUACACCAAUCGAGACCAACACGCCAGUUGAAAUCUCUGCAACCAAUUCAUUACAUAGUGAUACUAUUACUUCAUCCAACCCUACGAUCAUUCAAACCCCAUCACCGUCCAUCACUCCUUCCUCCAGCGCUGCUGAGGAACAGUUGACUACAUCGACACUCUUUUCUACCUCUAUUUAUACCGUUACAUCUUGCGCCCCGACUGUAACAGAUUGCCCGGCCGACUCAACAGUCCUGGUAACCUCAACUGUACCGAUUUUGACAACUGUGUGUCCUGUAUCUGCAUCAGCAUCUGGGCCAGCAUCUACGGUACAGACACAAACAGAGUCCAGUUACGUUUCAGCGCCUACCAGUGGCUCCAAUGAGAUUUUGACCACCUCCACGAUCUUUACUACUUCUGUUCAUACAGUCACGUCUUGUGCCCCGACUGUCACAGACUGCCCAGCUGACUCGACAGUUCUGGCAACUGAGACUAUACCUGUUUCUACAACUAUUUUCCCUAUUUCUGAAUCAACAACUGCAAGCCAGUCCAAUAAUUCUCCCGCCCUCACCAGUAAUGUAGAGGACCAGUACACUACUUCCACGAUCUAUGCUACCUCUACCCGCACCGUUACAUCUUGCGCCCCAACCGUCAAAAACUGCCCGGCGGAUUCAACAAAGCUUGUGACCGAAACUUUGGCCGUCUCUACGGCGAUUUAUCUCAUCUCAUCUGCGUCACCAACACCUACUCUGGGCACCACGGAUAUUCCAGACGUCAAAGAUACUGAGAGCGCCAAGCCUACAACAGGGUCGCCGCUAUCCACAGCAAGCCGCCUGAGUAGCAACGCUCCCGCACUUCCUAGCACUUCCAGAUCAUCUCCUUUACCAUCCACGAUUGUUUUUGCGACCCCAUCUCAUAUUUCACACAAUCUCAAUAGUACUGCCACACAACUCCCACUCCCAACAGCUGGGGCAGUUCGCCUAGACAGGGGGAUAGAAUUGGCCACCGUCUUAGCUUUGGCUAUUGUGCUUGUUGGAUAG